AUGGCUCCCUUGCAGGGCCAAAUGACAGAUUCCCAUCACGAAGAGAGGCGCGGUAUAGAAGCUCAUCACGCUAUUGCCGAAGGCGGGGAUGUCGACCUCUCAUCAAUUGAUCCUCAAGGCCACGGAUUCAUUGUCCAAGCUAAAGUCAAGGCCGAAUCCUUUCACGUUAUCUAUGACAACAUCAAUAUGGUCUGUCGUAAGUAUGAUCAGUGGCUCGAAAACUGGGACUCAUUUGAGAGCGGAACCACAACAACGGCUGUAAUCUCAAAGGAGACUGCAGAAGAACGAGAUACCAAUCCUGCUCGGCUUCUUCGCCGGAACCUUACGUCGUUCAAAAAUAUGUCGAUGCCUAUUCCCUCAAAGUCACCGCUUCCUACUGAAAAAACAGAGAUUUUCCCAUUGCCAUCAAUGCACAUCCAGGCCACGCUCGAUGGAAAUAGGGAUAUUCUGGAGACUGUGAUGAAAGGCGCACUUAAAUUUGACUCUGGUUGGUUCAAUGGGAAAAGCAAAUUGAUUUCUGGCGAUCGAUCAGCUUACAGAGUACCAGGAUCACUAGCUUUCUAUGCAUCAAUGCUAGGAAGGAGUCGUGUCAUCCUUGGUGGGCCUGAUUUCCACGCAGCGAAUGAGCUUCUUCAACAUAUGUUCGAUGCCAUGGUAGUCCGCGUGUGGGAGCUUGACCUGGGAUGCGAUGACUUAGAAGCAGGCGUACAUGGCAUGCCCGACUAUAUCCUGCAAGAGAAACUCGAGCAGUGUAGACAUUCUGGACAAGCUUAUGAAGCCAAGCGACCUGAAGUAGCUCAAUUGGGAUAG